AUGAUGUCUUAUCUUAAGCAACCACCUUACGCAGUCAAUGGCCUGAGUCUCACCACCUCGGGCAUGGAUUUGUUGCAUCCGUCCGUCGGUUAUCCCGGUAAGGCACCUUUUUCUCCCUCUCCCACCCCCCGAAAGCAGAGGCGGGAGCGCACCACCUUCACCCGGGCACAGCUGGACGUGCUGGAGGCCCUGUUCGCCAAGACCCGCUACCCCGACAUCUUCAUGAGGGAGGAGGUGGCCUUGAAAAUCAACCUGCCCGAGUCCAGAGUGCAGGUGUGGUUCAAAAACCGCCGGGCCAAGUGCCGGCAGCAACAGCAGCAGCAGCAGAAUGGGGGCCAGAACAAGGUGAGGCCGGCCAAAAAGAAGAACUCGCCGGCCCGGGAAGUGAGCUCGGAGAGCGGGACCAGCGGGCAGUUCACACCCCCCUCCAGCACCUCGGUCCCCACCAUUUCCAGCAGCAGUGCCCCCGUGUCCAUCUGGAGCCCGGCGUCCAUCUCCCCUCUCUCCGAUCCCCUGUCCACCUCUUCCUCCUGCAUGCAGAGGUCCUACCCCAUGACCUACACCCAGGCAUCGGGUUACAGCCAAGGAUACGCCGGCUCGACCUCCUAUUUCGGAGGGAUGGACUGUGGAUCUUAUUUGACCCCCAUGCACCACCAGCUCCCUGGACCGGGGGCCACCCUGAGUCCCAUGGGUGCCAACGCGGUCACCAGCCACCUCAACCAGUCUCCAGCCUCCCUCUCCACCCAGGGCUAUGGAGCCUCCAGUUUGGGCUUUAACUCGACCACCGAUUGCUUGGAUUAUAAAGACCAAACCGCCUCCUGGAAGUUAAACUUCAAUGCUGACUGCUUGGAUUAUAAAGACCAGACAUCCUCAUGGAAGUUCCAGGUUUUGUGAAGGCCCGCGGGAACCUUUGUGAUAAUAAGAGAAAUCGUGACGAGAACAAAACACGCUGGGCCGAACGCUCCAGCUUUAGUCAGGUCUUGGUUAAAUUAAAGAGAAAAUAACUAAACGGACAAACGGACAAACAAACGAACAUAAAUCCGACGACGACGACAAUGGCGACAAAAGAGGGACAGUGUUGGUGUGACCACGUUCAGACUCAUCUCCUGCUCAGACGCUCUGGAAAAGGAACGACAAAGAGGAAAACGGAGGAGGAAGGCCUUAAACGGACAGA